AUGGCCUCAUUAUCUGUUCAGCUGACCGCGCCCAACGGCCGUGUUUGGUCGCAGCCGACUGGCCUGUUCAUCAACAAUCAAUGGGUGAAGUCGUCCGAUGGCGACAAGAUCGCAAGCAUUAACCCGGCGACUGCCACGGAAAUCACAUCCGUCUAUGCCGGCUCUGCAGAGGAUGUCAAUACUGCUGUCAAGGCCGCGCGCGCUGCACUGAACCACCCCAGCUGGCGGGAUCUUCCCGGAAGCGACCGCGGCAAGUUGAUGAACCGCCUUGCGCAGCUUAUCGAGGACAACCGAGAGACUCUCGCAACCAUCGAGACUUGCGACAAUGGAAAGCCAUACACCGUUUCGCGGGACGACGACUUGACUGAGACUGCGGAGACUAUCCGCUACUUCAGUGGAUACGCCGACAAGAUCUUUGGGCAAGUUAUUGGAACUACUCCUGACAAAUUCGCCUAUACAAUGCGGGAACCGAUGGAACUUCCCGCUUUCUAUGGCCGCCUGGAAGCUUGGCCCUGCUCUGGCAUGCGGCAAUACUAUUGUCUUGAAGCCUGCAGAGCAGACGCCGCUUUCCAUUCUGUUCCUCGCAAACCUGAUCGUGGAAGCCGGCUUCCCCCAGGUGUUGUGAACAUUGUCAACGGUCACGGUGCUGUCGCGGGUGCUGCUCUUGCCUCUCACAUGGAUGUCGAUAAAAUCGCCUUCACCGGAAGCACCGCUACCGCCAAACAUAUCAUGAAGAUGGCCAGCGUCAACCUGAAGAAUAUCACUCUGGAGACUGGCGGCAAAAGUCCUUUGGUUGUUUUUGAUGAUGCCGAUCUUGAGCAGGCAGUUGAGUGGGCACACAUCGGUAUUAUGUACAACCAGGGCCAAAUCUGCACGGCUACUUCCCGUAUCCUAGUCCAGGAUAAGAUCUACGAUAAGUUCCUAGCCGCAUUCAAGGCCCAAGUGAAGAAUGUCUCGAAGGUCGGCGACCCCUUCGAGGAGUCCACCUUCCAGGGUCCCCAGGUGACCCAGGCCCAAUAUGACCGCAUCAUGUCCUAUGUUGAUGUGGGUAAGUCUGAGGGGGCUACUCUGUCAUAUGGUGGAAAGCCCUUCAAGGGUGUUGGAAAUGGCAAGGGCUUCUUCGUCGAGCCUACCGUCUUCACCGACGUGUCGCCUAAUAUGCGUAUUUACAAGGAAGAAGUCUUCGGCCCCUUCGUUGCCAUUGCUCGCUUCAGCACUGAGGAGGAGGCUAUCCAGAUGGCCAACGAUACCACAUAUGGCCUCGGCAGUGCUAUCUUCACCACUAACCUGACCCGUGCUCAUCGGGUAGCGAAGAAGAUUGAGGCCGGUAUGGUAUGGAUCAACUCUAGCAAUGAUAGUGAUUGGCGCAUCCCAUUCGGCGGUGUGAAGCAGAGUGGUAUCGGUCGGGAACUGGGUGAGGCUGGUUUGGAUGCCUACUCGAACAUCAAGGCUGUGCAUGUCAAUAUGAAGUCUAAGCUGUGA